CGUCUUCCUUUUUACCCGUUUGUGGAGCUACAGUUUGAUAUAUGGUGAUAUGGUUAAUUAUAUGGUCUUGCUACAAUUUUGGCAUAGUUUUCGAUACAAUGGCUAGAAUAGCACUGUAGUUUCGGUUGUUCACACUCGCACCAAUUCGUACGGUUAUAAGUACGCUGUACGAUUGCAGACGAACCUUGUGUACCAGCGUUUGGUACGUGCGUACUUACUUGCAUGUGAGUGUUUUCGCAGAUCUUCGGGCUUAUAUUUUGACAUGGGCAAGAAGAAGUGGAGUGAGACGGGCAAUCCCAAUCGUGACAUUUGCGAAUUCUUAAAUGAGCUGGCGGACUACGAAAAAAACAUCACGCGUAACGUUUACAAGAGCAACGCGUACCGCAAAGCAGCCGUGACGCUUGAGAAGCUAGACAGAAGAGUGACAAGUGCAGAAGAAGCAAAGGCCCUUCCCGGCAUCGGCGCAAAGAUUUCACAGAAGAUAGAAGAGUUCCUACGAACAGGAAAAGUUUCAAAACUAGAGAAAGUUCGCAGCGAUGAAAGCACAAGUGUAAUUCAAGAGUUAACGCGGGUAUCGGGAAUAGGACCCGCACACGCUAAAUCUCUUUAUGAUCGUGGCAUCCACAGCAUAGAGGACCUGCGUAAGAACCAGGACUGCCUUACGGAACACCAGAAGAUAGGGCUGCGUUACUUGGAAGACAUCGAGAAGCGCAUACCUCGAGAAGAAGUUGGUCUUUUGGAGGCCAGAAUUAUCGAUGCACUGCAACAGUUUGAUAAAGACUACGAGGCAGUCGCAUGCGGCAGCUAUCGAAGAGGCCUGCCUACGAGCGGCGACAUCGACUUGCUAGUGUGCCACAAAAGCUAUCGAUCUACGGACAGGAGGCCGCCGAAACUUCUGGCACGCCUCGUGGAACACCUUCGUGAAGUGGGCAUCAUUACUGACGUCAUGUCUUUGGGAGAGACAAAGUUCGCGGGUGUGUGCCAGCUCGAUUCGUCCAAGCCUCACCGACGCAUUGACAUACGUGUACUUCCUCAGGACCAGUUCUUCUGCGGUUUGCUGUACUUCACAGGCAGUGACUUGUUUAACCAAAGUAUGCGUGCACAUGCGGUUCAACAGAAUAUGAAGCUCAGUGAAUAUGCGUUACGUCCAAUUGGUUGCACAGGAGUCCCAGGGGAGCCUCUGCCUGUAACUAGUGAACGUGAUGUAUUUGAUUGGUUGGGCCUAACCUACUGGGAGCCACACAAGCGCAAUGGGCCCCUUGGGCAAUAAACACAGCGUGUGUGGAAUGGCACAUGGCGAGUUUAUUCACACAGAAUAUGUCUCUCUAGGCUUGCAAGACCAGUUCGAGCCACUGGCGCAGUGCCUCGCCCAGGACAGCUGGCAUUGAGGCAAGGUCCCGGAGGAGAAUGUAAAAGGGGAAUGGGAAGCGUUCCAUGUAGCUGCGGAGCUUGACCUGUCCCGAAGGCCCGAACUCUGGUUGCCGGAUUUCAAGGAUGGAGUCCUAGAGAGCCAAAACCAAUACCAAAGAGAUGUUACAAAAUAAGAAAAAGUAUUGAACUAACCAAUGUUAUUAGCAUUCUGGUAUGGCAUGUGUGCAAUGGAAAAAAAUGACAGCAUCUGAUGUCACUAAUAUACAAAAGUUGUCU